UAUCCUACCCUUUUCAUUCAUUAAAAAGAAAGUCCCCCUUCUCUUCUCACCCUUAACCCAUCGCUCUAUUCCCUCCGUUCACCAUGGAAGCCAGCGCUGGUCUUGUCGCUGGCUCUCACAACCGCAAUGAGCUCGUCGUCAUUCAUGGCCAUGAAGAGCCCAAGCCUUUGAAGAACUUGGAUGGUCAAGUUUGUGAGAUAUGUGGGGAUCAGAUUGGCUUAACGGUGGAUGGAGAUCUGUUUGUGGCUUGCAAUGAGUGUGGUUUUCCAGUUUGUAAGCCUUGCUAUGAGUAUGAAAGAAGAGAAGGAACUCAAGUUUGUCCUCAGUGCAAAACCAGAUACAAGCGUCUCAAGGGCAGCGCCAGGGUUGCAGGAGACGAUGAUGAAGAGGACGUAGAUGAUAUUGAACAUGAGUUCAAUAUUGAAGAUGGGCAAGAGAAGAACAAGCAUCUCACAGAGGCUAUGCUUCAUGGGAAGAUGGCCUAUGGAAGAGGCCAUGACGAUGAGGAAAAUAGCCAAUUCCCACCAGUUAUAGCCGCUGGAGUCAGAUCCAGACCAGUGAGUGGAGAGUUUCCUAUGGGAUCUUAUGGAGAUCAGAUGUUGGCUUCUUCACUUCAUAAACGAGUGCAUCCGUAUCCAGUUUCUGAGCCUGGUAGUAUAUACAUCUAUCAUUGGUUGAAAGGAUUGAUUACUACCCUUUUUUUUUCUUCUCAUAGUUUUGUAACAACGUUAGGAAGUGCAAGAUGGGAUGAGAAGAAGGAGGGAGGGUGGAAAGAGAGGAUGGAUGACUGGAAAAUGCAGCAAGGCAAUCUGGGACCUGAGCCUGAUGAUGAUCCUGACGCAGUCAUGGUAGAUGAGACAAGGCAGCCACUUUCGAGGAAAGUACCAAUUGCAUCUAGUAAGAUCAACCCUUACAGAAUGAUUAUUGUGGCCCGGCUUGUCAUAUUGGCCUUGUUUCUUCGGUAUAGAAUAUUGAACCCAGUGCAUGAUGCAAUUGGGCUCUGGCUAACAUCUAUCAUCUGUGAAAUCUGGUUUGCGUUUUCAUGGAUCCUUGAUCAGUUCCCCAAGUGGCUUCCAAUUGAUCGCGAGACCUAUCUUGAUCGCCUCUCUAUCAGGUAUGAGAGGGAAGGUGAGCCUAAUAUGCUAGCUCCAGUGGAUUUCUUUGUGAGUACUGUGGAUCCUAUGAAGGAACCUCCUCUUGUGACUGCAAAUACUAUAUUGUCAAUAUUGGCCGUGGACUACCCAGUAGAAAAGAUCUCAUGUUACUUGUCAGAUGAUGGUGCUUCCAUGUGCACCUUUGAAGCCUUAUCUGAAACUGCUGAAUUUGCUCGAAAAUGGGUGCCAUUUUGCAAGAAAUUUAACAUAGAGCCUCGAGCCCCUGAGAUGUACUUUGCUUUAAAGGUGGAUUAUCUUAAGGACAAGGUUCAGCCUACCUUCGUUAAAGAACGAAGAGCUAUGAAGAGAGAAUAUGAAGAAUUCAAGGUUAGAAUAAAUGCAAUUGUAGCAAAAGCACAAAAGGUUCCUCCAGAGGGAUGGAUCAUGCAAGAUGGGACUCCAUGGCCUGGAAACAAUACUAGAGAUCACCCUGGAAUGAUUCAAGUGUUUCUGGGUCACAGUGGAGGUCAUGAUGUUGAAGGAAAUGAGCUCCCUCGACUCGUUUAUGUAUCUCGUGAGAAGAGGCCUGGUUUUGCACAUCACAAGAAAGCUGGUGCCAUGAAUGCCCUGAUUCGUGUCUCUGCAGUACUUACCAAUGCUCCUUUCAUGCUGAACUUGGAUUGUGAUCACUAUGUCAAUAACAGCAAGGCCGUUAGGGAAGCCAUGUGUUUCUUGAUGGAUCCUCAGACAGGGAAGAAAAUGUGCUAUGUACAAUUCCCUCAAAGAUUCGAUGGUAUCGACAGACACGAUCGAUAUGCAAACAGAAACACAGUCUUCUUUGAUAUUAACAUGAAAGGUCUAGAUGGAAUUCAGGGUCCUGUGUAUGUCGGGACAGGAUGUGUUUUUAGAAGACAAGCCUUGUAUGGUUAUGAACCUCCGAAGGGUCCUAAGCGCCCAAAGAUGGUUAGCUGUGACUGUUGCCCAUGUUUCGGACGCCGUAAAAAGAAGCAAUCUAAGAAAGGUGUCAAUGGAGAAGCUAUAAAUCUUGAAGGAAUGGAUGAUGACAAGCAACUUUUGAUGUCCCAAAUGAAUUUUGAGAAGAGAUUUGGACAGUCAGCAAUUUUUGUGACUUCAACUUUAAUGGAAGAAGGUGGUGUCCCUCCUUCCUCAAGUCCUGCAGCUUUGCUUAAAGAAGCAAUUCAUGUGAUUAGCUGUGGCUAUGAGGACAAAACCGACUGGGGAACUGAGCUUGGCUGGAUUUAUGGUUCAAUUACAGAGGAUAUCCUUACUGGUUUCAAGAUGCAUUGUCGUGGCUGGAGAUCCAUCUACUGCAUGCCAAAGAGACCUGCAUUUAAAGGUUCAGCACCCAUCAAUCUAUCUGAUCGGCUCAACCAAGUGCUUCGGUGGGCUCUUGGUUCAGUUGAGAUCUUCUUUAGUCGUCACAGCCCUGUCUGGUAUGGCUACAAGGAAGGACAGCUCAAGUGGCUUGAGAGAUUCGCAUAUGUCAACACAACCGUCUAUCCCUUCACCUCUUUGCCACUCCUUGCAUAUUGUACCUUGCCUGCCAUCUGCUUGUUGACAGAUAAAUUCAUCAUGCCAGAGAUAAGCACCUUUGCAAGUCUUUUCUUCAUUGCUUUGUUCAUAUCAAUCUUUGCAACUGGUAUUCUUGAGCUAAGAUGGAGUGGGGUGAGCAUUGAAGAAUGGUGGAGAAAUGAGCAAUUUUGGGUCAUUGGUGGUAUAUCAGCUCACCUCUUUGCUGUUGUGCAAGGUCUUCUGAAGGUUUUAGCUGGUAUUGACACAAACUUCACAGUUACAUCCAAGGCAACUGACGAUGAAGAGUUUGGAGAACUAUACACUUUUAAAUGGACAACGCUCCUGAUACCUCCAACUACCAUCCUAAUCAUCAACCUUGUUGGCGUUGUUGCUGGAGUUUCAGAUGCCAUAAACAAUGGAUACCAAUCAUGGGGGCCAUUAUUUGGGAAGCUCUUCUUUGCCUUCUGGGUGAUUGUCCAUCUCUACCCAUUCCUGAAAGGUCUGAUGGGGCGGCAAAAUAGGACACCAACCAUUGUUGUUAUCUGGUCUGUUCUCUUGGCUUCAAUCUUCUCCUUGCUUUGGGUUCGAAUAGACCCAUUUGUCAUGAAAACCAAGGGUCCUGACACCAAACAAUGUGGAAUCAACUGCUAAGAAGUUUGUUUUAUAUGUGCAUCUCUGGAAGAUAUACGUACAUUCUCGCUUUUACAAGUAUAUCAAAUAUGAUGCAUGAGUUAACAAAAUGCAAUCACAAGAAAUAAAACUAGAGUGAAAAUUUUUGUGCAACAUUUUGCAUUGUACCAAGUUUUGUAACUGAAGUGAGAUUUGAUUCUUAUGUUGUUUUUUUA